GACACAAAUCUCCCUAAAAUUUCACAAAAACAAACCCUCACGCCAAAAGACAGAGCAACAUCAAUUCCAAAACCAACACCGAACAAGAAAAGAAAAAAACUUCUUCUUCACAAGCCAACCCAACCCAGCCCCUCUUUCACACACACACUGAGAUCAAAAUUCUUCUUCACACGGCGCAAUCACACCCACUUCCCUGUGUUUUUCUCAUACCCAUAUACAACAUACACACAUACUUAAUUUCACACACACCAAUUCCUCUCUUACAAUCCAAUCAGCGGAAUAAGGUAACACAAGCGGCAAAUUAGGGUUUUUUCGAAUUCAACGGUUGAGGCUUGGAGUAAAAUAUCACCAAUUACAAUACCUUUUCUCCAAUAUUUAGGGAUUUUUAUUGGAUGAAUACAAGUUAGGGUUUCAAUUUUGUGUUUUUGCCUAUUUGGGAAUUUUUUAUAUUUAGGGUUUGAUGCUUGUAUGUAAUGGGCUUGAAGGAUUCAUCUAGAAGGGAUAUAUUUUGUGUUUCUGGAUGAUAUAAGACAGUUUACUUUUGUUAUAGUGCUGAUUGAAGUUAUUUAUGAGAUGAGGGUCUGUUAAGUUGGUGAACUAUUGAUGCUUUUUGGACUCUGUUUUGAUUGGAAUUGAAUAUACAAAGGGUAGAGGGGAACAAUGACCAGUGCCUAACAACUUAGGAUAGUAUUCAAAGCUUCGGUUUUUUUUUUCUCACGCGGGCUUUUGUCGAUGCGCAUUGGUUCUAUGUUAUUCGGUUUUUAUAAUGUUCAGCAUUAAGUAUGGAGAGAAGUGAGCCAACGUUCGUACCCGAAUGGUUAAAGAGUAGUGGAAGCUUAAGCACUACGUCUCACCACUCUGAUGAACAAGGUGUGUCAAAGACCUCACGAAAUAAGUCACUUGUUAACAUAAGUGAUAACGAGUUAGGACGCCCAUCUGUUUCAGAAAGGACGACUUCUUCAUACUUCAGACGCGCAUCUAGUAGUAACGGAUCACCUUAUUUGAGGUCUUACGGUAGUUUUGAUCGGUAUUCUGAUAAAGAAAAAUCAGAAAGUAGGCAUCGUGAUUAUUCUGAUCCUUUGGGUAGUAUUUUACCGAGUAGGUUUGAGAAAGAAGGGUUAAGACGUUCACACUCAAGCGUAUCUGCAAAGCGUGGCGACUCGUGGCCUAGGAAAGUAGUAGCUGACUCGACCGGUGUUAACAAAACCAGCCAUGGGCAUAGCAAUGGCGGUGCGUUACGGUCUGGUGGCGGCGGCAUUAGCGGUGUAAAGACUGCGUUUGAGAGGGAUUUUCCGUCUCUUGGAGCAGAAGAAAAACAAGAUUCUGAGAUCGGUAGAGUCCCGUCUCCUGGUUUGAGUAGUGCUAUUCAGAGCUUGCCGAUUGGUAGCGCGGCGGUGAUUGGCGGUGAUGGGUGGACAUCUGCACUGGCUGAGGUGCCGGUGAUAGUCGGGAGCAAUGGAAGCAACACAUCUGUUGUGCAACCUGUACAACCGACAACGGGUAGGAACAUGGCUGAAACUUUGGCACAGGGUCCACCUAGGGCUCAGACUGCUCCUCAGUUGUCUGUUGGAACUCAAAGGCUUGAAGAGCUUGCGGUUAAGCAAUCGAGGCAGUUGAUUCCCGUGACUCCUUCCAUGCCUAAAGCUUUGGCGUUAAGCUCUUCUGAUAAACCAAAGCCAAAGGCGGCUCAGGUACAGCUUCAGAGUUCUCACCUCGUCAACUCUCCCCGACCCGUCAAUACAAAGUUCGACUCUACAAAGACAUCUACAGUAGGAAAACUUCACGUACUCAAACCAUCACGUGAAAGGAACGGUGUCACUCCAGUUGCCAAGGACACCUUGAGCCCAACAGCUGGUGCCAAAUUACCAAACAGCCCUCUUGCCGUACCCUCUGUCGUGGGACCCGUUCCAUUAAGAAACAACAACUCACCCGUUUCCGUUCCAGAGCGCAAGCCUGGUGUAGUGACACUGGAAAAGAGACCUUCAUCUCAAGCUCAAAGCCGAAGUGACUUUUUUAACCUUAUGAGGAAGAAAUCUAUGACACCUAUUACCACCGAUAAUACUGGUUCAUCGAUCUCUGCUAGUGACAGGCCCGGUGAAGCUGUAACCGAGGGGGAGUCUGGUGGGGCCCAACGGACGAAUAACGAGAAUAAAGAUGAUUCAGCAUGCAAUGGUGAUGCUGAUGUGGCGAGUGAGACGUCUGGUAAUAAUGGGAGGAAGAAUUUAAACUCUGAUGCCUUUCUUUACUCUGAGGAAGAAGAAGCUAGAUUACUACGCUUAAUGGGCUGGGAAGAAACUGCUGACGAGGAUGAAGGCCUAACGGAAGAGGAGAUAAAUUCUUUCUACCGAGAUGCAAGUAAGUAUCUGAAUAUGCAGGCUGCCUCCAAGAUCUUUAAAGGAACGCAACCAAAGCUACUGAUACCGCUCCACUCGCAAAUCAGUGAAAUUUCGUCCGACUCUAAGCUGGAAUCUUAAGUUUGCUGGGAAAAAAGGGUGUUUUUUGGGUUAUCUUUUAAUAUUGUUUGAUGAAGAUGAUGAGGAUGGUAGUAGUGAGAGAGGAAGUGAUUUGGAAGUUUUGAAAUCCUUGCAGUGAGGGAGGGAGGGGGGAUAUGAGUGAAUAGGAGGAAUAAGUACAUACAUAUGGGUCUUUAAUAGCUUACUGUAAACCCGUGUUUACCCCUCUCGAUCGAUGGCUGAGAUUUUUCUGACUUUUUAAGGUUGAGAAAAAAAAAAAAAGAAAAGAAAAAAGAGGAUAGGAAAUUUGCUUGGUUUAUUAUUAAUUUUAAUUUUAAGAAAGAAAAAAAAUGAAGAAGUUUAGUUAACUUUUA